AUGGUCCGCAAGAACCUCUUCUCAUCGACCUGGUCCGCCGUCCGGAAAGUACCGCAAAACCUGGGGCAUGUUGCUCGACUUGCUUUGCGAAAAGUGAAGCUUCAGAUUCUGCCCCAGUUGACGAAAUGGAAGGCACAGAGUGAAGAGCCCAAAGUUGUGAUUUACAAGAACCGCGGGAUCGCAGUUUUCAGUGUUUUGGCUCAUGCGGUGCCUUUUGCUGGUGUUUUGACGCUGCUGAUUUUGAAUAUCAACACGUUCUUCAUCGGCAACCUUUCAACCUCAGCGGUGACCGCCUUUCAGUUUGCAGCCAAACUGCUGGAGCUGCUCAUGCAGGCUUCAUUGGCAGAUAUUCUGCUAUACGCGAUCCGAUGGCAAAUUGUACGGAAUCAAGAUCUGCCACUGGGUGGAUUAUUAGUGGCACCUUUGCGGACUACUGACGUCUCAUAUCUCUGGUCUUUGGAGUUCUGGGGUUCUUUGACCUCGAAGAGCUGGCGCAGUUAUCGCAAAGCAUAUUUGGGACUCUUGAUAUUUGCUACAGUCUUGCUCGCUGCUCUGGUGGGCCCCUCAGGGGCAGUCGCAAUUGUCCCCCGUCAAAUCACUCAUUCCAACAGCCAAUACCUAAAUAUCUUGAAUCCUCACGACGACCUCUUUCCUGACACCGCCAGCUACCUAGACGAUGGCGCCGCUUUCGAGCAAGGCAUCACGCAAAUGAGUGAAUUCUAUGGCCCAGGGCCACACCAGCUGCUUGACGCAAAGGGCAUACGACUAUUCGGAACGCCAGCUAACCUUGGCCUGCCCUGGUCUACAGCGACAAUUCCUUCGCGCGACAUGGCGUAUGUUUUGCGUCAGCAAGCUGCAAACCUGGUAAAGGACUCAGGUUCGCCGUCCAAUGUUCUGACAGUGCAGACCUAUCAAGCUCUCGUUCAGGGCGCUUGUGACGGAAACUAUCUGUACGACAUGGAACAUAACAAGACUUACCUAUCUUUUCCUAGCUCUGAUGCACAAGUGAACCAACUCGUCACAUGGGGUGAAACUCUUGGGAAUGUCACGGACAAUGCCACGAUCUUAUUCUUCACUAAUCUGGCUCCAUCUGCUCCUUCGCGAAGUUCGACUCUCAUGGUGCUUGGCACGACUGCACCUCUUGACCGAAGCUACGUUGCGACAGCUUCCGCUUGCAUUAUCGAUGCAACCUGGACCAAUGUCACGCUCAAUGUGUCCGCGGCCGACAGCUACAAUCAGGUCAAGUACGUCCUAGAGACGCACUACGACGGCGAAAUUCCGCAAGCUCAGAAAAUCAACUUCCCCAGGUCGUACACAGAUCAUGUUCGAUCUACCAUCUUAGCAUCUCAGACUGCUCUCGACUUCCUGAACAACCAGGUUUCCCCAAAACAAAUCUUCGCGUUGGCACUUUCGAACGCGGAUUACGACUACGUCGAGUACUCUAGUCUUGUUCUCGAACGGGACAAGGUCGAUCCCAACACCGAGGCUGUGCACACAUACCUGGACCAAAUCCAUGCUUGGACUCGGUACUCGGCCAUCUCGAUAGACAUUGACGACAACAAUGCGUUAUCAAACCCCGCUUCCCUCACCUAUCAGGCCGUCUCCCAAUUGAAGCAGGGGUACGGUUACAAUGCUAAGGACAUCACGGUACAGCUCUCGCUUGCAGUGCUCGGGAUAUUCUGCGUUUUCGUGGUGGCGCACGUGUUUGUACUUCUCCUCACAGGCUACUCGGGGAACAACUGGGACAGUAUUAGCGAAUUGCUGAUGCUGGGCUUGAUGAGUCGAAAGCCGGACCAUCUAGGGCCUCAUGCUGGUGUGGGACUGGAAACCUUGAAGACAUUCCGUGAGCCUGUCAGUGUCAAGGUGAACGACGAGGGGCACGUUGAGUUGGUUUUCGAAAAUGAUACAGGCGGCAAAUUGGGAAGGAGUGGCCUUGUACUGGUGAACAAGGCUUAUUGA